UAUAAAUAUUACCCUUCUCAGAGAUGAAAUUGCACUUGAUCGAUGACCGAAGCAAAAAACAUGAAGCUCCCCGUUUCCCUGUUCCUCCAAUCUCUUCUCCUCUGUGGCCUCGGCUUUGCCCUCGGCACCAUCUCUAGCUUCUACCUCACCCCUCCUACCCUGCGAUUCUUCCUCCAACAUUCUUCGACUCCGCCGCCGCCGUCCUCCAUGGUCAAUCACACUCCGGCGGCUGAGAAGCAGCCUGGCGGCGGCGGCGGCGGCUUGGGUGAAUUCCACGAGCUUAGGGAGGUAAUGCACGACAUGACGGAGGGGGAGCUGCUGUGGAGGGCAUCCAUGGUGCCGAGGGUCAAGAAGCUGCCAUUCGAGCAGAGGCCCAAGGUGGCGUUUCUGUUUCUCACCCGAGGGGAGCUGCCUCUGGCUCCUCUGUGGGAGAGGUUCUUCGAGGGGAAUGAGGGGUCCUACUCCAUCUACGUGCAUGCCGACCCCGAUUUCAAUGGGUCAGAACCAGAACCCCAUGGAUCGGUGUUCCAGUGCCGACGAAUUCCCAGCAAGACGGUGAGUUGGGGUGGGAUGAACAUGAUGGAGGCCGAGAGGCGGCUCCUGGCCAACGCCCUCCUCGACUUCUCCAAUCAGAGGUUUGUCCUCCUCUCGGAGUCCUGCAUCCCGCUCUUCGACUUCCCCACCGUCUACUCCUACCUCAUCAAUUCCACCCGCGUCCACGUCGAGUCCAAAGACGUCCCCGGACGCGCGGGCCGCGGACGAUUCCCGGCGCGGUUCCGCCCCCGGCUGCAGCCCCGGCUAUGGCGCAAGGGCUCGCAGUGGUUCGAGGUCGACCGCGAAGUCGCGGUCGCGGUCGUGGCCGACAGGGACUACUUCCCGCUCUUCCAGAAGCACUGCAGCCGCUGCUACGCCGACGAGCACUACUUGCCGACGCUGGUGGGCGUGCGGUUCCCGGCGCGGACCCACAACCGGAGCGUGACGUGGGUGGACUGGUCGAGGGGCGGGGUGCAUCCGGCGAUGUAUUCGGGGGAGCACGUGACGGCGGAGUUGCUGGAGAGGAUGAGGAACGGGAGCAGCUGCGACUACAACGGCCGGGCCACCAGGACUUGCUUCUUGUUCGCCAGGAAGUUCUCGCCCAGUUCGCUGCGGAGGCUCAUGAGGUUCGCGCCGGAGCUGAUGGGCUUCAAAUCAAAAGCGAUAGCAAAAUGAAAAUUAGUUGAUUCAUUGAUUCUGUGUGAUGAACAAGGGGGAAAAACAGUGAAGAAUUGUCGAGUGCCAUCUCCAGGGACACUUUGAACAGAGCAUCUGUAGGCUUUUUGCAACUUUUUGUUAGAGUAUGCCAUGUUUUGAACAGAGCAUUUGUAGGCCUUUUGUAACUUUUUAUGAUAAUACAAUUUG